AUGUGUGAUUUGGACAAUAAGGAAGAAUUUCAGAACAUGUUAUUGCUUGCUAAAUCAAUGGGGGUACAACACGUAGAAGUUGUUGUUGAGUUGAAAAGUGAUAUUGGUCAGUCAAGUAGCUCUGGGUCACUACGCGUGGGGGUUGAGAAAGAAAUUGAUGCACUACGGAGAUUUUGCCACCAUAAGGAGAAUGUGUUAUUGUCGGCCCCUUGGGAAAAUGGUAUUGCGCAUGCAGGACAACGGUUUGUUGGAGGUGCACAAGAAUUUCAUGAUGUUUUAUGUAAGUAUGUCUUCCAAUGUGGGUUUCAGUUUAAGUAUGUCAAGAACGAGACAAUAAGAGUUACUGCUGUUUGUGGUACGGAUGUCCAAACAUCAAAAAAUCCGCGAGUUAGUUCAGAUUUGGUGUCGAGUACCAUAUCUGAAAUUAUGAAGGACAAGCCGUUGACUCGGCCAUGCGAUGUGGUGACUAUUUUGAAGAGGGAUUAUGGGCUAGAUCUGCGGUGGUAUUCAGAUGUUGUGAUGCGUUACAAUCCAGGAAGUUAUGUCAAUAUUGACUAUGAUGCGAGUAGUCAACAGUUUUGUCGUUUCUCUGUGUCAUUCGCUGCAUGUAUUUCUGGGUUCAAUUCUUGUCGGCCUUUAUUAUUCCUGGAUGGAACAUUCCUCAAAAGAAAGUACAAAGGUCAGCUACUUGCGGCAACGGCGAAAGAUGAAAACAAUAGUUGUUGUGUUGUAGGUCUAUUUCCUUUUGCAUUUGCGAUUGUUGAUUCAGAGACCACGGCCAAUUGGUCGUGGUUUUUGCACGAACUUGGAAAGGUUGUUGAUGGCAAGUGCCAGAUUACUUUUAUUUCGGAUCGUAAUCUUAGUCUGUUAGAAGCUAUGCCAAAGGUGUUCCCAUCGGCUCACCACAGUUAUUGCUUACAACACUUGAAGAGCAAUUUAAGAGACCGGAUAAAAGGAAUUAAUAAUGGAUUUAGGGAUCACCUAAUUAGCAGUUUGGGUGACUGUGCUUACGAGCCAACUGUUUCAAAAUUAAAAGAGGAGGAAUGGGGCAUGCGUUACGGGAAGAUGACAUCCAAUGCAGCGGAGUCAUUUAAUAAUUGGAUUAAAGAAGCACACAAUCUUCCUAUCACUCAAAUCGUGGACACAAUUCGUACACAAUUGAUGCGGCAAAUGUAUGCACGGCGUGACCACGCAAACAAAUGGAAUGAGCUUAUUUGUCCUACAUUCAAAACAAUGCUUAUGGAUUCGUUCAAUGACAACAGGUCUUGGCAAGUUAGCAAAGCCAAUGAGGAUGUUUUUGAAGUUCAUUCGAUACCAUCUGUUACAGUUGAUAUUGGAAGGCAGACAUAUCGUGCAGCCUAUUCGGGUGUCAUCCCUGUACCAUCGGUGGAAAAGCCGCCUUUUGAUCACACGGACUUCAUUAUAUACCCGCCAACUGUGAAAAGAUCACCCAGAAGGCCGAAAAAGAAUAGGAUCCCAUCAAGGGGUGAGAAACUGAAGCAAAUAAGGUGCGGGAGCUAUGAUAAGUUAGGGAGCCUGUAG